AACUCAUGAACCAUGAAUUGUUUUGUGUGGAAGUGAGAAAAACGACAAGGAGAACAAUUGUCAGCCCACAUCUUCGCGGGUGCAAGAAAUUUCUGGAAGCCUAUAUUUGCAUGCAGUAUGUUAAAUGGGUACUCUCAACACUUUCUCCACGUGAAGGACGGGACCUGGGUGGUCAGCUGGAUUGGCCCAUCACAACAUCGGUUGUCAGUCCGCUACAUUCUCCGUUUCUCAAACCGCUAGCUAGCUGACAAGCUACUCACACCUCCGCUUGAGAAGAAGGAGCCUCUUCAUUUUAACUUGAGUCGAAAAAACACAUCAAGGAACAUUUCCUGCUGAAGUUCCCAUCUGAUGGCGCAGUGGUUGGCAGUUUUGGUGAAGAGGCACCAUGUUUCCUUGUCAUGUAACCCCCUGGCCCUCUGCUGAGCCUCCAGCAUCCUGUGGCAGUCAUGCACCCCAAGUGCAUCCCUCACAUCCUCUGCCUGAUCUGCUGUGCAGCUGUCCUGCUCCACCUUUAAACACCCACUCUGAGACGCCCUCCCCGGACCCCAUGGAGUCCCUCAUCGUUGUCACAGAAUAUGAACCCACAAGACCACCUGGAGAGGACGGGGAGGAGGAGGUAGAAGAAAUGGACAGUUCUGAGACGCCUGAGCCAACUUCCUCUACAGCGGCACCUUUCCGGACUCCAUCCUGCGACCUGCUGUCCCAUACAGUCGGUCGGCCAGAGGCCCUGCUGCCCGAAAGCCAAGAGCAAAGGGGCAGAUUAAGCCUGUCUGACAGAAAACUUUCUCUGCAAGAGCGCUCACACACUGCAGCAUCCCCUUGCAGCUCGCCUGGACUUAAUGGACGUUAUAUUUACCCAUCACUGCCUUACUCCCCUAUAACAUCCCCUCACUCGUCUCCACGCUUGCCCCGCCGACCCACUGUGGAGUCCCACAGUGUCUCCAUCACAGAUCUCCAGGACUGUGUUCAGCUCAACCAGUACAAACUGAAGGAUGAGAUUGGAAAGGGCUCCUAUGGUGUUGUAAAGCUGGCUUACAAUGAGGAUGACAACACAUACUACGCGAUGAAGGUGCUGUCCAAGAAGAGGCUGAUGAGGCAGGCAGGUUUCCCACGGAGACCACCCCCUCGUGGUGCCAGAUCUGUCCCCGAGGGUCCUGCUCAGCCCAAAGGUCCACUAGAGCGAGUUUAUCAGGAAAUUGCUAUUCUUAAAAAACUGGACCAUCCCAAUGUAGUUAAACUAGUCGAGGUUUUGGAUGACCCCAGCGAAGACCAUCUGUAUAUGGUGUUUGAGCUGGUGAAGCAAGGGGCUGUGAUGGAAGUCCCGACAGACAAACCAUUCAGUGUGGACCAGGCCCGGUUUUACUUUCAGGAUCUUCUCAGGGGAAUUGAGUUUUUGCAUUACCAGAGGAUCAUCCACAGAGACAUUAAACCCUCCAACCUACUGGUGGGAGAAGAUGGACAUAUUAAGAUUGCAGACUUUGGAGUUAGUAACCAGUUUGAAGGAGCGGAUGCCCUGCUGACCAGCACAGUGGGAACACCUGCUUUCCUUGCCCCUGAAGCGCUCUCUGAGACCAGAAAGAAUUUCUCUGGGAAAGCAUUGGAUGUUUGGGCCAUGGGAGUAACACUGUAUUGUUUCGUCUUUGGAGUGUGUCCUUUUAUGGAUGAACGUAUCCUCAGUCUUCAUCAAAAGAUCAAGACACAACCUGUGCUGAUACCAGAGCAGGCCGACAUAUCGGAUGAUCUCAAAAAUUUGUUGUUGAAAAUGCUGGACAAGAAUCCAGAAACCAGGAUAUCAGUACCACAGAUAAAGGUGCACCCAUGGGUGACGAGGCAUGGUGCAGAGCCUCUUCCUCCUGAGGAUGACAACUGCUGCAUGCUGAUUGAGGUGACUGAGGAGGAAGUGGAGAACUCUGUUAAACACAUCCCAAGCCUGGCAACAGUGAUCCUGGUGAGAACCAUGUUAAGGAAGCGUUCUUUUGGGAACCCCUUUGACUGGGGUCGGAAAGAGGACCGCAGCAGUUUGUGUGCUCCAGGGCAGAUGCUCACGAAAGGCAGAGCAGGCAAUGUGAGAUACUGCUACAUUCACUGUAAACCAAAAAGGAAACAGGACAGCGGUGAUGGUAUGAAAAGUAUGGACCUGCCCUACGUUGGAGAGGAUGAGGCCCUGUCCUGAUACAGAUGCUUUAAUAUGCAAGCUGGUAUCUUCCUGCCUGCAGCCAGACAACACAACAGCCCUUUACUCAGUUUUAAACUGGCAGCCCAUACAAAAUGCUUUCUUUGGAGGUGGGCAAGUGUGAAGGAUGCUAAAAGAAGGGAGAAGUUAAUUAUCUAAGGCACUUUGACACCAUUUCUUAACUUUUAUUCUGUUGUAUCUUUUUGUACAGCUUACUUGGGGUAGUGGGACUUGUGACUGUCAUGUAAACCUUCCAGGGGUUGAUCCCCAUGAACUUUAAACUUUCACCCAGUUUCCCCAACUCACUCUCCACGUUUUCCUAUCCUGCAUGCGUUUAUAGUCCCAGCAUGCUUUGUCUCAGGCUUCAACUGUACAGUUAUGGCGUUUUAUCAUAGUUUAGCCUCUUGUGUUUCUUCUUGUCUUUACUUGACACUCUUCAGGUAUGCAGGGCAUGGGAACGUGAGGUGGUGGUUAAAGGAGAAGGAUGGUUGUCUUCAACAUCAUCAUCAGCAUUUUCUGUAGAAGAGAAGGUUUCUUAACAAUGAUUGUCCGGUUCACUCUGCUUCAGAGUAGCAGUGCCCAAUUUUUGUAAGAUAUUUUAGAUUAGAUCUGUUCGGUUUACCCAAAAUGAAAAAGGGAAAUGAAACGUGUUUACUUGAUUGAAUGCAUGUGUUUUAUUUCUCAGUGCAGACACUGUAUAUGCUAUUUAUAAAGAGUCACAUACAGCUAAACAUCCUGGUUUGGCACUUUAAUUACCCAGUUUCUUAUUUCCUACAAUAAAUGAAGCUUUAAAAUUCUUGAUAAAGUGCUUAGUGAACAACCACAUUUGAAAAAAAAGAAAAAGGGAUUUUCAUUGCUAAUAAAACUAGUGCUUUUUUUUUAAAGUGAACACUUGUUUUUGAUUACCAGUUUUUAAACAAAUUGAGCUGCAGCAAAUUAAAUUAAAGAUAGCGAUUUACCAAAUGCAAAUUAAAAUAACAGAACAUGUUUUUUUUCUAAGCUGUAAAUCUUUGUGUUGUGAUACUGAGGAACAGAGCUGCACGUGUUAAUGCAUCAUGUAUUCACUCCACCUCUGAAAGUCGACGACUGAAAGCAGAAAAUUAUGGUGUUGAAAUUGUGAAUGUUUUUACUUGUUUUAUCUGUUCGUCUUGUAAGAGUUACUUGCAUUAUUUUAAAACAGCACAUUUCAGGACACCAAAAAAAAAAAGUGUGUUUUGUUAAGUAACCUAGAAAAAAAAAGAGUUUGACUUAUUGUUGAGAUGCCAGAGCUGGCUGCUACUGAAGUAAGGUUGAGACAGAGGCAAUUUGCAAAUGCAGACUUUUCUACAAAUCUAUGCAUGACAUAUCUGUAGAGGUCUUGAACUUAAAAACGUUGUCAUGUUUGGUCAGAAGUAAAGGCCACUCUACGAGUAUACGUUUUGUUUUUAUUCAUUGGUAUCUUUUAUUUAAGUUUCCAAAACAGCAAAAUAGAAAAUUUCACCCACUUUUAUUCCUUUUUUUAUAUAAACUUAAAUUGUAUACCACAUUAUCUCAAAGAUGUUAGCUUAGAUGUAGAUAAAGUCCUUGAAUGUGUCUGAAGUCUAACGUAGAAUACUGACACAGCAUUGAUUAAGACGUGUAUUGCUUCCACACACUUAUCAGUUCAGCACUAGUGUGUUGAAUGUAUGAGAAAAGGGACUGGACUCUUUUUUGUACUUGUUACUGUACUUGCAUGUCACUCUGAACUUUCCCUGCUGUAUGUCUGUUUUUUUUUAAGACUUGUACUAUGCACAUGAUGUGUCUUUAUGGUGCAAUGGUACACCCUGUCAGAUUGUAGUGAGCACACUCAGUGGUAAAAUUCAGAGUGCUGCAUGUGUUUAAAUGAUGCUAAUAUAUUAUUUUGUUCUUUUAUUUUUUCCAGGAGUAUUUCAUUAGAAAGGCAAUUUGGUUUUAGAUUGCCAUGAAAUGAAACUUGAUUUAGAAAUUCGACUCCAGCGACGAUUUAGUCAGAAAUGUAAUUGAAAAUGUCUCAGAUGUUGUGUGGUGGUGAUAGCACAUUUACAGUGUGACAGAUAUCCCACUCUGACAUAUUGAGAACCAAGAUGAGCAUAAUAAGGCAGAUAAAUUCUCUUUCCUUUGAGUAUUUAAUCCUCAGUGGUGAACCAGAAUUAACUGGAGAUUGUGAAUAAUGAAUACAGGGUAACAGUGUAAGCUACAAGAAAAAAUAAAAUAAAUAAAAUAGAUGAUGAAUAUUUUACAUUUUAAUAUUUAAACUCACAGUAUGUUUCAGUACACCUGACCAUUGAUGUCAGAAUUCCCGGGCUAGGUGAUUAUCUGCUGUUGUUCACAUUUUUGCAUACUUUGGUGUAAUUGAUUUUUCUAAGAGCUGUGCACGCUCUUUUCUACUAAAUGCAUGCAACUGUAUUGUCAUCGCAUGAGAGGUCCUUCACAACAGGGUGGGACCUUAGUUAUUCUACAAAUGCUGUACCUUGUUCAACAUUUAAAUAAAAUACCACUGCCUUUCGGUAAUGUCUUUGCAGAUGUUAAUUGUUCAGAUAAGUUCCCAAUGUGUUUACAGUUCCAGACAUUAGCCACUAGUGUGUGCUGUUUACUAUUACAUAUCUAAAGAUGAAGGGAAGAUUUCUGACUCGCAGGUUUACUCUCAUAUUUCACAAAACAACUUUUCUAUUUACAUCUCCUAUAUUAUCCUAGCUACUUUCAGUUUAUUGCAUUUAAUACAAAUUUUAAAUUCAAACAAUGAAUAUUUGUGAACAAGAUUUCCUAAAAUGGAAAACUUUGUAUUUAAAUGUUAAAAAUGACUUAAAUGUUGCCAUUGUUUAAGCCAACAAAACUAAAACUAAAUUACAGAAUGUAAACAAUGUGGAUUAAGAAAAUAAUUUAGCAUGAAAAAGAUCAAAUUUGUGUUCUUCAAUGAUUAACUCCCCCAAUUUAAUGGUAAAUGUCUCAGAUCUGGUAUAGUACGCAAUGCUGAACAGAAAUCAGUACAUUUGAUUAACUUUUCCUUAUUUAUGUCUCUGCUGCAACAUUUCGACUGGAGAUCACAAACAUGUUAAUGUUUUUUGUCUCUUGUAGCCUCAGCUAUACUUAUGAGUAAUGCCUGUCAUUCACACCUCUGGUGGUUUAAGUUAUCUCAAAAAAAAAAAAAAAAAAAAAAGCAUUAUUUUGUGCAAAUUUUAUUA